AUGGCGGUGUUACUAAUCGUUAUGGUUGUGAUAGUAGGUAGUAUGUCCAAUCCUAGCGAAGAGAUGGCGCUGGUGAAUAUAACAAGAUUUGCUUCUGGUGAUCUCUUUUCACUAAUUGGACCUGAUUGCGGUCUAACUCGCUGUAUGGAAGUGUCCCACGGCACCGCAUUAGCCGCAAUGGGUGUUGUUGGUGGCAACGGGUGCUCUUGUCAAUGCCGUAGAGAGACUCCCACUUUUAGAGAAGAUCAGCGGAUUUGUGUUAACCAUAUUGAUGAGUGUCAAAUGGCUAGUUACGGGCGCGGUGCAACAAAACCUCAAAUCCCUUUCGUUUUUUUGCCCUUGAAGGGACAAAUUGUAUAUCCAUCAAAAGAAAUUAUUUUUUCAGAUGUGGAGGAUGCAGUUUGUGCGGUUACAAGUGCACAGUAUCUGUCGCCGUCGGGCUGGGUGACUGUUCGGGACCUACUAGAUAAUGACGUACCUUUUGGGCUCUACCGAGAUGAGGGCAGUACAUAUUUACAGUGGCGGGGCUCAACAACCCUUCAUGAUCGACUCGAAGGCCGACUGGUAGCUGUCCACGUGCUGUGCUCGGCGCCCACUUCUACACGACUGACCGGCUCCUGCGCUGCCUUCCGUGUCGCUGGUGCCAUGCACAACACCAUACUUGAUGUCCGUUCGAUCCCUUUUCACGCAGGUGAAAUAGUUAACGUUGAACAGGGCAAUCAAACUAAAGGGCUUAGUGUUCUGGAAUCGCUGGCUGUCGGUGUUUGCGUGCUAAUGCUCAUCUUCGUGUAUGCAGCUGGAAUAAUUUUUUAUAUACAUUACAAACAGAAACAAAAACGAAAGGGAGUAGAUAUGGAAAUGAAUUUAUCUAAUACCACAUCCACGGAAAAUAGAUCAAGUAUAGAGUCUCGCAUCGAUAUGGAAAAUGUGAGAAUGAAGUCAAAUCCUUUAUUAAACUUAAACGAUUUACGUGGAGACUUUUACCAUGAUCCUGGUUUAUCUGAUGUAAGCGAGCUCACCGACGAUACUAAAGUGUCAUCACAACACUUCCAGAAAUUUCAGGGUAUGAAUUCAAAUAUCGUUUCCGCUAUGGUCCAUAGUCAUCGAAAAAAACCAUCUAGACCAUCAAUACGUACAUCGACGCCAGAAAGAGUCACCGAUCGCUUGCAACGACGUUCCGCGUCGCCCGAACUAGAAAAAGCACCACAUUCUGAUUUAUCUAUCAUUGAUUGCAGCGUUGAAAGUAGUACGGUGGCGUGUCUUAACCCACCUAUAAAUGUGGAGCCAGUUAUUCGAAGAAAACUUUAUUUUAAUCCAGUGUUCUUUGAAGCUGAACAUCUGAAGAAUCCACCGCCUGCAGCGAUUGAAUUUUUGAUAAAAAUUCGUGAAAUCAUGGCUAUUGCGAAAGAGAAGAUGUUGUCAAAGAGAUUUAUUCCAAUGUUAUCCGACAUACCUGAGGAAGAACUAUACCAUACUGUCGAUCUAGGCUGGGAUAUACCUUGUGCGCGUCGCGCAAGACGAUUUAGUGUAGUAAGCCUAAAGAGAGAAAACAGUAGACGAGCAAUGCACUGCGGAGGUUGCCCCGGGUGCGAUAGUAGCGAUAAGUCGCAAAAAGCACCGGGUUUAACUAGAUCAAACUCUUGUAAAACUUGCGUUAGUGAUGAUUACAAGCAACGAAUAGUUCAAAAAUGGUUGGAUGAGGUUCCUUUACCACCACAAACCAUAAAACCUGCUAAAUCUGUAGCUAAAGUCAAUGGAACACCACGAUUUGUAGAGUCGAAAAGGAAGGAUGAUGCUCGUCUUAAUCCAGAAAUACCUAUCAAUGAUGAAACAAUGACUACACACGAUUCUCAGAUAAUAAUGGAAUCAUUUGUAAAGGAACACUUGAAUGAUCUUCGUAUUAAAGAAAGUACCGAAAGACGGGAUCUAGAGAAUCUAGGGCGUCAAGGUAUUUCUUACGAAGAUAGUAAUCGAAGCGAGAAAAGGCCUUCAAGCAUGAAAAUGCAAGAAAAUAAAAGCCCGUUAAGUGACACAAAAAAGCGUGUCAUAAGAAAAAAAUUACCGCCUCCACCACCACCUCCAGUUAAUAUGUCAGAACAAUCUAAGACAAAAGAUGAAGAACCUGUUUUAAUUGAAGUUAAAAAGAAAAUGGAAGAGGUAAUAAAGGAACUGAACAAAUGUAAGCGACCAGAAGAAUGUCAAUUGCAAGAAUUAAGUAAAUUAACUUUAUCUCCUAAGGCAUCCAAAAUUAUCAUACCAGUGAUUGCAGCCGAUUCACAAUAUUAUAGUGAUGACAAUAUGUCAACAAACAUUCGCAAGAACACUCCACUGAACGAAAUGCAAAUUGACUUCGAUAGUUUAGAGAGAAGUUUAUUAAAACGUCGAAGAUUUUCCUUGGAUUUUGGUUCUGAGUUAAUUAAAAAUGAGCACAGCGUUCAAAGAAAUACAAAACCAUCAAGACAGAGCUUAUCGAGAAGCUGGAAAGAUAUAAAGAAAACAGUUGACUCUCAAAGUUUGCAGACAAAUAAUUUAGAGUGUCAUAGUUCCAAUGAGUGCAAUAGUAAAGAUGUGUUAAUUAAUUCUAUAGAGCCACUAUAUAACAACAUUGAAAAACCAGGCCCCUUAACAAUAGAAGUGCGUGGAUCGCCUGUUGAAAACAGACAAAAAAUUUACGACAAUUUUGAUCCUGAUACUCUUGAUAGAAAACCCAAACGUGAAGUAAAGAAACCUAUGGAAAAGAUUUUAUUGAAGUCAGGUGGAAGUUUCAAACACAAAAUAUUACCUCAAAAUGGCUUUGAAUUAAAACAAGAAGAUAGAAAGACUCCACCCGAGGCUGUGUUUACAAGAAAAAUAGGUAGUUUGAGACAAAUAUAUGAAGCUAAAACAAAGGCUAAGGAUUGUGAUGUUCGACCAUUUUAUGAAAGACGUGGUAGCGUCCCAUACGGAAAUCAGGAGAUAGCAGCAUUUAUGAACUCUAUACGGCCCUUAGAUUUUAUACGGCAAGUAGAAUACCAUAAUGAUCCAAAGCCACCUAUACCACCAAAGCAAAGACGAGGUUCUGAGAAGUACAGUCCACCAAGCGAAAGACAACGAUUUGAAGAAAAAGAUAGAAUAGCACAAUACAUUAGAAGCGACAAUAUGUACGUACGUCGCUCUGGGCGUCGUUCUUCUAGAAUGCGAUCGAGGAGAGUUGAUUUAAAGAAACUGUGCCGCACUGAGGAUUCAGGUUAUUUAAGCACAGAUUCAAACGAGUCCAAAUGCAGAGCUAGAUAUUUGAUGCAAUUGCGGCCAAAAUUCUCUCCACCUGAACCUGCCCCAAAACAAACGACUGCGCACGUUAGAACGUUAGCCCUACAAAUAGAAUCAGACACUGAUGACAUGGAAUCUUUAUGCGACGGACGAAGCGAGUCCGGUGGAGAAAGCGUUGAAACCGAUUCUGUAUUCUUCGGUAAUUUCGAUGAGUCGAAAGAGUUGUACGCUGAAUUAGGUAUGUGCAGUUACGAAACACAAGAUAUAUUGGCACACUGUCAAGAUCUAACAGACUCGGGAUACACCGGUGAGACGAACAUAACGCUCAGUGGAGACAGCGAUUCUGAGCACAGGAGCGUUAUAUCUAUUAUUACAGGUCAUGACGGCCGGACUUCAGUUGCCUCUAUUACCAAAAUGGAUGAUUCGCCAUAUGUACAGUCAGUUGAAUGUUAA